UCGAAGUGAGAUGUUGUCGCUCCCGUCGCGAGUUGUGUAUUGAUUCUAAAAGUGCAUUUUCCUCGAUGAAAGUAUCUCCGCUGUGGUGGACCAACUGACACUAUAAUCCGUAAUGUUGUGAAUAAAAACUUUGGCCAAAGGAAAGAGCUCAAAGCGUAAUCUCCAGCGGACAUCUUUUCAUCCGUCUCCCAAGAAGCUGCAAGUGCAUUUCGAGUACGACAAUCAGUUUGCAUUGUGCAUCGUCGGUGGUGAAACCUUGAAGGAAUAUUUGCAAUCGUACUUGCAUCUCUAGGAGGCAGUUAUCACCAGCAUCAGUAAAUAUUCAACUCAUCCCUACUGCCGUUUACAUCCACCCAGAUGGAACGUUUGUCGGAGAGUUGCAGCGGAUAAACGAAUGAACCUGCUUCUGAAGCGAAUGGUUAUCGGGAAUUUGUGCACGCUUUUCCGGUCUCCUAGUCACCACUAGGUCAAAAUUGUAACAGGAUCUCGUGGGAAGAUCCGUGUGAGUGAUCACCAAAUUGUAUUAAGCAGCAAGCAGCAGCACCAGCGGAGGAAUGGAAGACUACAAGUUCCUGUUCAAGGUCGUCCUGGUGGGGAACGCAGGUGUGGGCAAAACGUGCCUGGUCCGAAGGUUCACGCAGGGCCUGUUCCCACCCGGCCAGGGUGCCACUAUCGGCGUAGACUUUAUGAUCAAAACGGUCGAGGUAGACAAUCAGAAGAUAAAGCUACAGAUCUGGGACACGGCCGGGCAGGAACGGUUUCGUUCCAUCACCCAGAGCUACUACCGGUCCGCGUCCGCCCUAAUAUUAGUUUACGACAUCAGUUGCCAACCUACGUUCGACUGUCUGCCGGAUUGGUUGAGGGAAAUUCAGGAGCACGCCAACUCGAAGGUCCUUAAGAUUCUCGUUGGGAACAAGACGGACCGGGACGAUCGAGAAAUUCCGCAGGAUGUGGGGGCCGAGUUCGCGAAGCAGCACGGUAUGUAUUUCCUCGAGACGUCCGCCAAGCAGGCCGACAACGUCGAGCGGUUGUUCUACGAUAUUGCCGCCGUGUUAAUAGAGCAAGCGCGCACGAAAGAAUUUACGCUACGCAGCGAAACGAGCGUCCUGACGAAUCUCUCGCAAAAGACGAUCUACCAUCCGAGCUGCUGUAGCGUCGGCGAUCGGAAUCAUGCCAGCAACAGUGACGCCCACUACUCGGACAGCUCCGGACCGGCGAGCCUUGGCAGCAAUAGUGGUAACUUCAUCACCCAGCAGUAGUGGACAAGCCCGCGCACUCGAAGUUAAUCAAAACCAAAAACAAGGGGAUAAACCAGAAACGAUAUAAAUAGGGAAUUCAAUUCCUGGAUGUUUUAAAGUGAAAAAAGAUAGACGUGUAUCUAAGCUUUGAGGGGAUGAGAGCAAACAGUGAAGCCUAGUAGAGUGUCCAUCAUUUGGGAUUUUCCUCGAGACACAACGCAGGCCCCACAGAAGAGAAACCGAGAGAAAGUAGGCAAAAGACAGGCAAAUGCAACGAGAAUUAUCAUUCUACCAAAACGCACCGGACCGGCGAGGAAGGGUGGUUUGAAGGCGAUGAAUCCGGAGGAGGAGGGUCUGUAGUUGCCUUCGAGCCGUUGGUUAGAGCUAAGAUUUUAGACUAUGUUCCUGUGUUAAUAUUAGAAGUAAUUGAAUGAAUG